UCUAGAACAUGGGUCUUCUCUCUAAAGGAUGUCCGCUGUCGUGGUCUGAAACAAAACAGUACAGAGACGAAGUUCGGAAACGCGGUGUUUUGCAAUUUCUUCACAUUUACAACAGAGAGAAAGACAGAGACAACGAUGGUUUGAAAUGGGGCGAUGAGAUGGAGUACACCCUAUUGAAGUUUGACCAUGAGAACAAGAGAGUUUACUGUAACUUGAGGGCAAAAGAUGUUUUGGAUGAUUUGACACUUGUGGAACAAAAUAAUACCAGCACCUACCCAAUUUCUUGGAAGCCUGAAUUUGCCAGCUAUAUGGUUGAAGCAUCACCUGGGCAGCCUAUGGGAGAAAGUUUGGCAUGUUUUAACAUCAUUGAAUUGAACAUGAGUUUAAGACGGGAAGAAAUGAAGAGAUUUUUGACCGAACCUGGUGAAACCGUUCAGUCCAUCGUAGCAUUUCCGAGAUUGGGAUGCCCCAACUUUACCUUUCCAUUUUUUGAACCAACUCCGAACAAAGGAUUGUCAUGUUCAAUGUUUAUUCCGGACCAGGCUGUCUGUCAGAAUCAACUCAGGUUUAGCUCAAUGACGCAAAACAUCCGAGAAAGAAGAGGUUCAAAAGUUGCUAUCAACGUACCAAUAUUCAAAGACAUAAACACCCCUUCACCUUUUACUGAGACGUUUCCCACCGUUGAAGGAGAAGGAGCUGAGGCUGCUUUGCCAGAUCACAUUUAUAUGGACAGUGUAAGCUGCGGCCUUGGGAUGUCUUGUAUUCAGGUCACUCUCCAAGCCUGCAACAUCCAUGAAGCAAGGUUUCUUUACGAUCAACUCGCGGUAGUGAGUCCCAUAUUGAUGGCUCUGUCUGCUGGAACUCCCAUCGCACGAGGAUAUCUUUCUGAUGUAGAUUGUCGUUGGGGAAUCAUAUCUGAGUCAACAGAUGAUCGAACCCCGGAGGAGAGAGGCCUCGAGCCACUCAAGGAAAACAAAUUUGUGAUACCUAAGUCACGGUAUGAUUCAGUGAGUACAUAUCUGUCAGCUGAGGCGAAUGGUUACAACGACAUCGACUUGGUGUAUGACCAAGACAUUUACCAACAGCUCGUCGUUGCGGGCGUUGAUGAACCACUGGCUCGGCAUGUCGCGCAUUUGUUCAUUCGGGAUCCUGUGGCGUCUCUGUGCCUUGAAGACCUCUACAAAGACGACGAGGGAAGCUCAAAUCUAUUUGAGAACAUAAAUUCCACCAACUGGCAAACCGUGCGCUUCAAGCCACCACCGCCUGAUUCUUCGAUGGGAUGGAGAGUGGAGUUCAGGUCCCUUGAUGUACAACUGACAGACUUCGAGAAUGCCGCUUUUGUGACAUUUGUCAUACUUCUCACGAGGGCGAUUUUGUCUUUUGAUCUCAACCUGCUCAUUCCUAUAUCCAAGGUGGAUGAAAAUAUGGUCAAAGCGCAGAAGAGGGACGCUGUCAGACAAGGAGAGUUUAGUUUCAGGAAGAAUGUGUGGAAAAGUGUUGUUGUGAGAGAGGCUGAAAAUUGCCACAACAGCGCAGAAUUUGAAUUGAUGUCGAUCGACAAGAUUAUCAACGGCAAGGAUAACGAGUUCCCCGGCUUGAUACCACUCAUAAACCGUUACCUAGCGACCACAGAUGUCGACUUCAACACACGCUGCACUAUUUCCCAAUACCUGAACCAUAUUUCGAAAAAGGCCUCUGGUGAAUUGCUUACAACAGCUCAGUGGAUUCGAAGAUUUGUGGAAAGUCACACGGAAUACAAGAGAGAUUCUGUAGUCAGUGAGAGAAUUUGUUUCGAUCUUUUGAGAAAAAUCGAUUGUGUUGGCCAAGGAGAGACUAAAGCUCCCGAACUCUUUGGGGAGGCUGCUACUUUGAGGAUGGGUGACGCUGUAUUUAAGAAGUAUCUUGAAAUCAAAGGGAAGAUUAAAAGCUUUGAAGAUGACGGUAAAAUAAGAAAUAACAUCUUGAUGAGGUGGAAUCUUUUAAAACCAAAUUGUUAAGAUUGUGAAUGUCACCAACAGAAAUGAAGUCUUGGUUUACGUAGUAUACGAAAUUGUAUGUAUUUAUGGACUGUACCAUUAAUAUCUGUCAUCUACUAUUUGUGACGGAUCCUGAUAAUAGAUUAAUAUCAGUAUCUGAACAACGGCGGACCUACCCCACCCCUACAUGUAAAUCAACAUUAGCCUUCUUAUCACUUUAAUAGGCUGGGGGGGGGGGGGAGGGUAAGUUCGUGCGUAUUUGGUCAGACACUGACAUUGAUCCAUGAUCUUUACCGUUCAAAGUGUUAACCUUCGUCAAGAUUAAAUGACCGACAAUUUAUUACUCUGCAUUGAACGAAAUAUUUACAAGUUCAUUACACUGCCGUUUAUAUCGUUUACUGGCGAUUGAGCAUCGGAGAGAAAUCGAGAGAAGAUCAAAUACUUAAAUGCUUUAACCAACAAUUUAUUAAAUGUAUUUUGCAUUAUUAACUUUUCUCUUUGCAUGCAAAUAUCCCGAAAGGUGUUUUACGGACACGGGUUGUAUAUCAGUUGUAUUUAUAAAUACUGCCUUUUAUGAAAGAAAAUAA